CCUAGGUCGGACGUAUUUUGAUGCUGCACACGUGGGAACAGCGAUGGCAACAUGUGGAGCAAAGAGUGAAGUUCUGGAUGAAAAAGAUGAUCCUGGUGCAGCACCUUACGGCAAUUUUAUAAACUAUUACACAUUUAACCCACCAGAGAACCGUCUAAGCCUCAUUCCGACCACACUUAUUCAGGAUUUGGGGUAUGGCAUAGACAGCAGUGAAACCAUAUUGAUGCUGGAUGUCGGCUGCAAUUCAGGGGACCUGACGGUGGCAUUGUACAGACACCUCCAACCGAGAGUCUUGUCUGAAGACUCUACAACACCACCCGACUCUGAUCUCCAACUCCUCGGCUUCGAUCUGGACGAAACCCUGAUCCUCCGGGCCCAACAGACCAACCCUUUUCCUCAGAACAUCUCUUUCAUUCCCUUAGACAUCACUGAGGAUGCUGCUAGCCAGACCCAGCUACAGGACUACCUGAGACAACAUGGCGGCUUCCGCUUCCACCUCUCCCUGUGCCUGGCUGUUACCAUGUGGGUUCACCUGAACCACGGAGACGCUGCCCUGCUGGGGCUCCUCUCCAGGCUGGCCUCCGUCAGCCAACAUCUCCUCCUGGAGGCCCAGCCCUGGAAGUGCUACCGCUCGGCUGCCCGGAGGCUGAGGAAGCUAGGCCGGUCUGACUUUGACCACUUCAAGGAGUUAAAGAUCAGAGGAGAUGUGGCAGAACAAGCCAGUGAACACUUAGAGAAACACUGUGGGAUGGCACUGAUGCAGUGUUUUGGAAGUACCAGCUGGGAUCGUAGACUGCUCCUCUUUAGGAGAAGAGAGACGAUAGACCUACAUUUAUCCCAGUAGAUAAAAUGACUGGACUUGCGUAUAUGUUAUGAUGAUUGUCUUAAAGGAGUACUCUGAAAACAUUUGAAAAUGUCUUCCAUGACAAUGAAGUGACAAGGUCCUAAGGAAAUAUGUAUGUGCAGUGAAGGAACUCCAGAUUCUGAGUCUUUAAGUGCAGUGAAGGACCAGUAUGUUGAUUGAACACUAGGAGGCAAUAAUACUCUGUUACUACUUGUAAUACCGCCAUACCUAGUGUAUGCUUUCAGCUAUGCAUUUAACUGAUCUUACUCUAUUUUCUUCUUAAUAGUGUAUAUGUUUUGGCAAACAAUUAUGAAUGAACCAUUGUGUGUGUAAGUAUGAGAAAUUAAUUUAAUCUUUUUAUUUUUGGGAAUGUUUUAAAAAUAAGAAUGAAUAAAGCCCAUGAAUUUA